GUCUCCACUCUCCAUUAUAUCAUUCUUCCUCAUAGAGAAUAUCAAUGGCCAGUCACCGGAAAGAACCAACAACAUAUGUCUACAAGCUAGCCGCGGCGGCAGGGAGCCCUCAGUUACCUCCGGCAAUGGCCCAGCCGGAGGUCGUGAAGAGAACUAUACUUUCCCGAUCUUAUUGGGGAUUGAGUAAGCAGUCAAAGUUAACCAACAGGAAGAGGGAUGAUGAUCAUGUUGAUGUUGAAGCUGAUGUUGAUCGAUUGGAGAGUGGCAAAAAGGAAAUUAUUAUCUCCAAGGGGAGGAGAUCGGAUGUUGUGGUUAGGGUACCGGAUGAGAUGAGAAAACCGGCGGCGGAGACGAGGCGGAGAUCGGUUUCACACGUGGAGGUGAUGGCGAGUGCGGCCGCGGUUGCUACCGGUCUUCGGGUUAAGGUUUUGGUUACGGAUAUGCCCGGGUUCAUGCAAGUUCAUGCGUUUAGGUGUGCAAGAAAGUGUUAUGAUUCAUUAGAGAGUUUUAGUUCCAAGAUUAUGGCUCAUACCAUCAAGAAGGAGUUUGAUAAGGUUUAUGGGGCAGCAUGGCAUUGCAUAGUGGGGUCAAGUUUUGGAUCAUUUGUGACACACUCAACUGGUUGUUUCCUUUAUUUCUCAAUGGAAAAUCUUUAUUUACUCAUCUUCAGAACCAAAGCCCAAAUCAAUUCUUCUUCUUAAUUUAUUCUUUCUUUCUUUUUUCUAUCAUUUAUAUUGCUUACAGACUCUGUAAAUUGCAACCCUUUUUCAUUUCUGUUAUUUUCUAUGUGUUUUUAUAAAAUAUAGUAU